CGGUGGCGGCGGCGGGCCCAGUUGUUUGAGCUGCGAUCGGUGAGGCUGCGGCCCGGGUGGAACGGGCUGGUCGGGGAUGGCGAGCGGCGGGUCGGUGACUGCGCUGUGGACGGAGGUGAAUCGUUGCGGCCAAACCGCCGAUUACAGUCGGGCCCUGAAAUCACUGAAUAAAAUACUGCAAGAUGACAAGGAUGAUGUCACUGCUCUGCAUUGUAAAGUGGUCUGUCUCGUCCAUAAUGGAAAUUUUAAAGAAGCUCUAAAUAUAAUCCACACUCAUACUAAGGUGCUCACCAGUGAAGCAAUUGCCUUUGAGAAGGCUUACUGUGAAUAUCGACUGAACCGAAUAGAAACUGCAUUGAAGACUAUUGAAAAUGUAGGGCAACGAACCAACAAAUUAAAGGAACUUUAUGGACAAGUGUUGUAUAGAUUGGAACGCUACGAAGACUGUUUAUCAGUUUACCGUUAUUUAAUUCGGAACUCGCAAGAUGAAUACGAAGAGGAAAGGAAGACCAACCUUUCUGCUGUUGUAGCAGCUUUAAGUACCUGGGAAAAUUUGUUUCCUGAUGAUUUGGGCUUACCUGAAACCUCAUAUGAACUGUGUUACAAUGCAGCCUGCACCUUGAUUGGUGAGGGUAAGCUGCCUCAGGCCAUGAAUAAACUUCAGAAAGCUGAAGAACUCUGUCGGCAAUCAUAUUCAGAGGAUACUGAUAUGAGUGAUGAGGAAAUUGAUGCCGAACUGGCAAUCAUCCAUGCUCAGAUGGCUUAUGUUAUGCAACUCCAGGGGCGGAGUGAUGAUGCUUUGCAACUUUACAAUCAAGUGAUCAAAUUGAAGCCCUCAGAUGUUGGACUGCUUGCUGUAACUGCCAAUAACAUCAUCACCCUCAACAAGGACCAAAAUGUAUUUGAUUCAAAGAAAAAGGUAAAACUGACCAAUACAGAGGGGGUGGAGCAUAAACUCACCCAGAAGCAGAUGCAGACUGUCGAAUUCAACAAGGCUUUGUUAGCUAUGCAUACAAAUCAGGCUGAUCAGUGUCGAAAACUAACAUUGGGUUUGCAGAAGCAGAAUCCAGAGACUCCACUACCGGUAUUAAUUCAGGCAGCGCAAUUGUGCCGAGAAAAACAGCAUACCAAGGCUAUUCAGCUUCUGGAGGAAUUCUUGGAGCAGCACCCAGAAAGUGCAGUUGAAAUUAAGAUGACAAUAGCACAGUUAUAUCUGGUCCAAGGUCAUGUUACAAAAGCAUGUGACAUCUUAAGAUCGAUUGAGGAAAAGUUGAAUAAACUAGGGAUGGUCUCUGCAUUAGUUACCAUGUAUAGCCACGAAGAAGAUAUUGAUAGUGCAAUAGAGAUCUUCUGCCAAGCUAUCCAAUGGUACCAAGAACACCAGCCAAAUACCCCAGCUCAUUUGUCACUAGUAAGAGAAGCAGCCAAUUUUAAGUUGAAAUAUGGGCGACAGAAGGAAGCAAUCAGUGAUUUGGAGCAGCUUUGGAGACAAAAUCCUGAGGAUGUCCGGACUUUGGCACAGCUCAUCUCUGCAUAUUCAUUGGUGAACUCAGAAAAAGCCAAGAUACUUAGCAAGCACUUGCCUUCACCUGACACUAUGUCUUUCAAAGUAGAUGUCGAUGCCUUAGAAAAUUCUCAUGGCGCCACAUACAUAAGGAAGAAGGCUGCAAAAGUGGCAGGUGAAAGCCAAUUGAAAGAACGUGGACAAGGAGAUACAAAGAAAAAGAAGAAGAAAAAAAAAGGUAAACUGCCUAAAAAUUAUGAUCCUAAAGUGCCUCCCGAUCCGGAACGAUGGCUUCCCAUGCGGGAACGUUCAUACUAUCGUGGGAGAAAGAAGGGGAAGAAAAAGGAACCAAUAGGAAAAGGAACUCAAGGAGCAACAUUGUCCGCAGCAGCAGAACUUGAUGCUAGCAAGACUGUGAGCAGCCCACCCACAUCCCCACGACCUGGGACUGCAGCAGCAGUUGCAUCUUCCAGCAACAUUGUGCCCCCUCGGCAACAGAAGCCAUCUGCUGCCUCUAAGAAAAAACAGCAACAAAAAAAGAAAAAGGGUGGAAAAGGGGGGAGAUUGUGGAAUAUGUGAUGACGACACAAUCGGAUCAUGGGGUACAUAUUCUGCCUGGGCAUAGAGACUAUUAAAUCUUAAUCAGUGUACAAUGCAUUGGAAACUUUAAUAAUAAAGGGCUUGAUGUGAAGGUCAUUUAAGUGUUUGAAUGUUAAUUUUAUUCCAGAUGCAGUCACCUAUACUGGUACACAGGCAGCUAUUUUUUUAGCUUAUGAGAACCAAACAAAUAAUUCUUAUCAUUAUGCACCCUUUUCUUAGUUCUACCAUGAUUGUUACAAAGUCUUGAAUUAAAGUUUACAUGCAAA